AUGCUGAUGCCAGAAGAUAUCGAUCUGAAUUCGGUGCAAAGGCACGCAGACCCGCUUAAAGUUCUUGUCCAGCAGGCAAUUCUCAGACGGGAGGCUAUGUACAACCCACAGAUCCUUGGAGAAUUCCACCGUCAAUCAAAAGCACGUAGAUCACUCACGGUGGAUGUAGUUAACGAGUGUGAUAGUAGCUACAAUUCAAGGAACGUGAAAGCACGAUCAUGUUUCCUGCCUCCCAAAGAUGCCAUGAGAUAUGAAUUGCUUGCUAAAGAAGCAAGGGUUUCAUCAGUACCCGAGGUACGGUCUACACAUGCACUAAAGCAGGACAUAUUAGAUGAAUCUAGGCAGAAGUCAGUAAACCUCCAACUUUCUGCUGAUGAAUUCAUACAUCAGUCAGGAGAGGACCUUCAAGCAAAAGGAAACAUUUGGAAUCUCUUGAAAGAACCUGCCGAUUUCAAGCAUCGUCCUACCGAUAGAUAUUCUUUUAUGAAUGAGGAGUUGAAGCUUUCUCUUGGUACCAGACGACGCCCUAGACUGUCUGCAUCAAGCACUAGGUUUGAAAAGAAUGGGUAUCUGUACAACAAUCCAAUUGUGAUUGAUUUGGAAGAUUCAGAUGAGAAGACGCAAUAUGAUUAUGCAAGAUGCACUAGAAUGCCUGAUGCACGUGGUAUGGCAACCACUUGCUUUGAUAAAAAUAAGCAUCAGAAUAAUGAUAUGGUGAUAAAUUUGGAAGACUCUGUGCAACACAAUAAUGUAAGACGCCCUAGAAUGCCUGAUAUAAAUGGUGUGCCAAGCACUUGGUUUGGUAAGAACUGGCGUACGAACAAUAAAAUUGUUAUUGAUUUAGAAGUUUCACUUGACAAGGCACAAGAUAGCUUUGUGAGAUGCACGCCUUUCAGCUCUGUCUGCCCUCAGUCAGCUUCCAGGGAGGAAUUGAUAGUCUCAAAAUUUGAGGGGAAGAGAGGAAUGUAUUGUGAAAGAGAUCCCCAUGACAAACCUGGCAAUGGUCAUUCCUCUGGGAGCCAAUUGUUUCUGGACCUUAAUGAAGUUUACCACGGUGAUUCUUCUUACUCUGCUGGUGCAUGCACUGGACUGCUUGGUAGUGUGGAAGAAGGAAUCCGUCCGGUUGGGGCAUGCGAAAAACAAGUCAUCUGCAGGUCAAAUGAAACAUCUGGUGGCAUGCUUAGACCAGAUAAUAAUGUAGCAAAGCCUACUCUUUUGGACCUUAACAUAAAAUGUGAGAGCACAGGGUGCAAGCUGGAAAGCAGUUGUGAUGAUGGUAGAAUUGGUAGUUUUAAGUCCCAGGUAGAAUCUUUUGAAGACGCUGGCAGCGUCGCCGAUGCCAAAACUAACCUUGUUAAGCUGAAGUCAAAUAAUCUGCUACUACAGGAUUUGAACCAUAUGCCUAUUAGGGAGGGAGGAGAAAUGAGUUGUGGUACAAGUGGAGUAGAUGAUCCUGCUUCUUCUUUGUGGACUGAUGAGAGCCAAAAUGCAUUACAUGGCAACAAGUCGCCUGCUUCAUGCAAGUCCUGCAUUUCUGACAAUGAGUCGGGGAGCAUUAAGAGAACAAAUUCCAUAACUGGGCCAAACAUUAACUGUCCUGCAAGGGCAGUGCUGUCUGUUAGCGACGGAGAAAAUGAAGGUCUCCUCAACAAGCAAGAAGAACAACCAGCUAGAGUGGAUGAUGCCAUGAUGAGGAGAGCAGCUGUUUCACUGAUCUGUUUGGCCCUGGAUGACAAUGCAGUUUGUUUUGAAGAUUCUAAGCCGCAGUAUUCUAUUGACUCUUACGAGUUGAUUGCUAUGAAUCUGGCACAAAAUGUGGAUGAUGAAGAUUCUGCAUCGUCAUCAAAGCCAUUUGAAGUGGACUUUGGUAAGGCGAAGGAUCUCGGCUCUAAGUGGAAAAGAGGGAGGAGAUUGAAGGAUUUUCAGAAGGAGAUACUACCUGGGAUUGCAACUCUUUCUAGGCUCGAAAUCCGUGAGGAUAUAAACAUCUUGGAAGGGGUUCUAAGAUCGAGGGAGUACAAGAGAAUGCAGCAGGCCAAGGGUGGAGGUGCUCAGCACGAGGAGAACUGGUCGGGUUUGGCUAGGGGCAAACGAUCUAGAAGGAACUGUACUGGAAGGAGGAAAUCCUCAUGA